GGCUCGCUCGCGGGCAACAUCGCACGGUGGUCUCACGUGAAAAAUGGCGCACAUGAUAAGAUCCGGGCUCGUGCUCCUGUCACUGAAGCACGCCAGCCGCGUCGCGCCCCGCGUCUCCGUGCCCUUAAAGUGUCAACGAUUAUGCUUCCGCACCAGCGGUGUCCUCGACGUGACGGGGAAGGAAUUGUUGAUGCCGUCUUUGUCGCCCACUAUGGAGAGCGGCACCAUAGUGAAGUGGUUCAAGAAGGAGGGCGACCGGAUCAAUCCCGGCGACGCUGUUGCGGACAUUCAGACAGACAAAGCCAUCGUCACGAUGGAAUUCGACGACGAGGGUGUGCUGGCAAAGAUAAUUGUGCCCGAAGGAACCAAAGACAUUAAAGUGGGGACUCUGAUAGCUCUCACUGUCGAGGCCGACGAAGACUGGAAAACGGUGGAAAUGCCGGGCGGUGCUUCGGCGCAGGCACCUCCAGCGGCGUCGGCGCCGCCAGCGUCCUCCGCUGAGCCAAGCGCGCCUGUUGCGAGAGCGGAACCACCACCCGGCCAAAACAACAUCGCCAUGCCCGCCCUAUCACCAACCAUGACAACAGGUACAAUCGUGAAGUGGCUGAAGCAGGAAGGUGACGAGAUACAGCCGGGUGACGCGCUGGCGGACAUACAGACGGAUAAAGCGGUCAUGAGCUUCGAAUUGGAGGAGGAAGGCGUGCUCGCGAAAAUUCUUGUUCCGGAAGGCUCUCAAGUAGAAGUGGGACAGCUGAUCGCCGUCAUGGUUGAGAAAGGAAUGGACUGGAAGCAGGCUGUUGUCCCGACGUCGACUAAACCGGCACCGUCCGCAGCACCGAGUCCCGCUCAACCGGCUGCUGCCAAAGCACCGUCGAGCGGGCAAGUGUACGGUUUGGCGGUGAAGAGGCUGCUGGAGGAAUAUGGCCUGAGCUCUGGCUCAAUCAAGGGCACUGGGCGCACGAAUCGUUUACUGAAGGGCGACGUUCUCGCGCAUAUUCAGGCGCACAACGUUAAAAAAGUCACGCCUAAAUCCGCACCAGCUCCGGAGACUGCGAGGGCGCGUUCUCCGAGUUCGGAAAAGAUAUCUGUCCCGGUUGGCCGACCGUCUCCUUACGAAGACAUCGAAAUAUCUAACAUUCGUGCCGUUAUCGCCAAACGGCUCGGAGAGUCGAAGAGGACUAUACCGCACGCUUACGCGGUCGUGGAUAUAAAUAUAGACAAGUUGCUCGAGCUCCGCGCGAAGUUAAAGACUGAGAAUAUACGUGUUUCAAUUAACGACUUUGUUACCAAGGCCGUCGCUCACGCGCUUAUCGAGUGUCCCGAUAUAAACACGUUGUAUCAAAAUGGACAGAUCGUUCGAGUUCCAAAGGUGGACGUGUCCGUAGCAGUGGCGACGAAAACGGGUCUGAUUACUCCGAUAGUGUUCGACACUGCCACUAAGAGCCUUGCGGAUAUCGCAAAAAAUAUUCGAGAAUUGGCUGAAAAGGCGAAGCAGGGGCAGCUCAAGCCACACGAGUUUCAAGGAGGAACGUUCACAAUUUCGAACCUGGGAAUGUUUGGUAUCAAGGAGUUUUCUGCCAUUAUAAAUCCUCCACAAACGGCUGUUCUAGCCGUAGGCUCGGGACGAGAAGAGCUGGACUCCUCGUUAAUAAAGGUAACAAGAAUGGCAACGAGGCUGUCGUACGAUAGACGAGCGAUCGACGAGGAUCAAGCGGCCGAGUUUCUGGCUAUUCUGAAAGCAAUGCUGGAGGAUCCAGCUUUUCUCGCGGCUGGCAGAAUGCAGGCGCUGAGGUACAAACGCGACGCGUAUUAAUCGCUCUUAACCAAGUAUUCAACUUGUUCGACGUUUCGUUUAUUGCAAAAACAGCUCGUUUUCUUGCAUCAAGAGAGAUGAGUAUCAUUCAUUGUAACUGUGUUACUAUGUUUUUAAAAAAAUAGAAUUUAAGUAGGAAAGAAAGCUCAAUAUUAACUAUACUAUUGUGUAUAUAAUUGUUGGCUGUUUUUGGAAUAAACGUAAGUAAUGUUAAUCCUAUUUUCGUGCCAUUUAUGUGAUCAAAUAGAGAAGACGACUUAUAUUUAUAUGAACUUAUAUUUAUAUUUAUAUGAAAGCGUUUUACAAACCGCUCGUCGCUGUUAUUAGAAACUGUGACUGAAGGGACUAAUUUAUAUAUUACUGCCAAAAUAAUAUUGAAAGCAAUCAAUUAUGGACAUAUUCUUUCGGUUUCGUAAGUUAAUUAAUGGAAACGUUGAUUAAAUCUUAAUCUGCGAGUCCCGAAACGAUUCUUUACAUUUCUGAGCAUAAUUUUUAUUUGUCAAAGUUUUUAAUUUACUGAAUUACGGAUUAAUAUCCAUAAAAAGAUUGAGAAGUGUCCAUUAUUGUAUUCAAUCUUGUAAAUAAUUACAAUGUUCAUAUUUUAUAUAAGUCUACUUUUGUAAAUAUCAGCAAAUUAUUGGCCCUGUGAUAUGGGAGCGGUAUGCAAGAUGUACAUCUUCUGAGUCAAAGUUAUGAAAUAUCAGUGUCUUUAGUGUAUCAUUUACUAUAAAUAUUUAAAUUAUUAGACAUUAUUUUCGCCCGCAUAUUUAGAAAUUCGUGUAUGUUCGAAUGAAGCACUCACUUCCGAUUAAUUUGUUAAUUGGAAAUAUAUAUAUAUAAAAUAAACGACUCACUUGUAUAUAACCUUAUAAGUUAAAUAGAAUUAUCGGCAGUUUAAUGAAGAAUUUAUCUUCUCAAUAAAAUAUUUAUUGUCUAAAUAUA